AUGCGUCGUCCGCAUACUACGGAUAUACAGCAGCGGGAAAAGCGGCAUAAUGUCUUUUUUAUUCCCGAAGUCAAACCCUCCGUCCCCGGUUCGGGGGCUUCACGUUUUUCACACUCGCCUACGGCCAGCACUGGCUCUCGGUUCUCCGUAUCAAAGCACGUCUCUAUGCUAGAGGCAUCGCGGCACCGUCUCUCUAUAAGGAAAUCGGCAUCAUUCCCAAUGCAACAGACGGCACCCAAACCGUUCCUCUCAUCCUGCGCAGAUAUCACGCGGCACGGCAGGGAUUGGAACGCGGAGUUCCAGUUGGCGUGGGAGAUGGACGACAGCACGAUUUCUCAGGCGGAGGCCCGCAUGGAGCAGCUUUGCCGCGUUGAGAGGGAGUUUGUAGCCGAGGCGACGCGCACUGUAAAACAAAUUGUGAUGCUGGACGACGACGGGCCACGGGAGUUGCCCAAGUUUCUGCAGUGCUACCGCGUCGACAACAUCUUCUUCCGCGUCCUGCCCGACAGUCGUUCCGGGCGCAAUUACGUGGCGUCGCUCCGCGGAGUACUCCAAAGCCGCACGCGCCUCCUGACUGUGCCGCUUUCAUGUAUGUUUUUCUACCGGGGUAUGCCGGUUCUGGCGCAGGCUCUUGUCCCGAUGCCGCGGGAGCCAACUCGACUGUACGGUGCGGGCUCGACAAACAAUCAGGAGGUGGUGGCGGAGAUUUUGCACAUGGCGGAGGCUCUUAACAUUCCUUUUCCUGAUGGUACUCUUGAGGUUUACGAAGGGCUAGAUGGUCGGUUUUAUUUGACCAAUUCAAACUCCACGUUAACACCACUUUUUGUCGAUGAUACUAUUAUGAAGCGUCAGGAGAUGUUGCGGGUGUGCGAAUGUGUGACGGAUAGUCAUGAGGACACUGUUGCAGUGCUUGACAAGGAUGAGGUUUUGGAUGCUAUUGUGGAGUCUUGUAUGGACAGCGGGACUUCUACAAUCACCGAUUGCCUUAAAAUUGUAUGUGAGCACUUGCAUGGAUUUGGUGUCAACAUGUGUCUGCUAAAACAGGUGAUUCAGAAGAUUGCGACAUCAGAUGGCUACAGUGCGGCAGCAGUGGCCAAAGUGGAGGAGAUACUUUUUGUAGAGAUGCUCGCUCGGUCGGUCAAGCAGGAAUUCUACUUGGAAGUACAGGGGAAGCGAAUUGCCUAUGACGACGAGGUACUUAGUGCGACGCUCUCCAAGCAUAUGGCGGAGGCCUUUACAACCGUAGAUGUAUUCCAGAGUCGCUUUUUGGAGGUGGUGGCAAAGAAGUACGGUGUUGUGGACGAAGACAAUGACAUUAUACGCGGACUGACCACGGUACGGCUGAGCCGAAAGGCAGAAAUUGUGGCACGGAUUUGUGCCCUGUUGGGAGUAACGAUCGAAAAAACGGGCGAAAAAAAAUCCAACAUGAUUUGGCACGUGAACGUGAACGCACGUGUUCUCCCUCAGUUAAUUGACCCUAAAAGAGUGCGUAUUCUUGCUGAAAAAUACCGCACCAUCAUGACGCAGGACAGUCAUCGCCACGCAUUUUGCAUUCCCAUGCGUUGUAAAGUGGCAUGCUGGGAUGGGAACUAUGAUGAGGCGUUGGAUCUUGUGCAUGCGACGGCCGUGGCUCAGCGAAAUCGUUACGGGGAGUCUGCCAUUGUCUCUAUCUAUUCAAGGCGCAAUGUGUGCGAGGUGUGUUUUGCAACCAUGCAGAAGAAUUGUAUUGCUGAGGGGAGGAGUUUGUUUCCCGGUGUCAUGCGGGGCUUUGAGGAGUUGACAUGUUGCGUGACGCAGGGUAGACGUCACAUUGAGUACGGUUUUUGGAUCCUUCGCAUUGCGCUCGUGUAUCAACACGAUGAUCUUGUCACAUACCGCAGCUGUGUGGAGGAGGCGGUGCAUCAUUUUUACCAAGCCAUUGGAAAACUUCCUGCGUACUUAACGAGUGAGCAUGGCUCCUGGCUGCACCUUCAACCAUACAAGGGGCUUUUACAAUGCAAACGGCUGCUCCCAUCAUGCUCCGUCAACGCAAAGGAACUUGUGGAGCGAUCUAUUGAAUUAAGUACGAUUGGCUGGGCCUCCGACUUCUUUAUGCUGUAUUUGUGGGACCUGAGUCUUCAGCUCGAGGCAGAGGGGCGCUAUGAAGACGCUAUUCGGGUUCUUCUCACCGCCAUUACUGUGAGCAAGAAAAAACCAACCGUUACACUCGACUUGCCUUCGCUUCUGAUGGAUGGCGCACAUAUUUAUCGCUCUUGGGACCCAGAGAAGUACAGUGAGCACUGCUUAACGUUGUUGCGGGAGGCUGCAGAGAAGGCAAGUGAACUUUUUGGGCCUCACAGCAAACAGUACGCCGUUUUGCUAAACAACAAGGGCGCAGUUGAAAUUGAGCUGAAUCGCCUGAUUCAUGCGGGAGAGACACUUGAGAAGGCCGGCAUUGUUUUUGCUGAGGCAGAUGUGCCGAAUGACGACCCUGACUACAUCGCAUAUCUUGAAAACCUUGUAUACCUUGAGCAACGCCUUGCGGCGCGGCCGGUGGUGCAGCGAGGGUUUUUGCGUCGAUACCCUUUUCUUGCAACUCGCUCGGAAGACUUUCCGUUCAGUGAUGUGCGGCCUCUUGAAGACGAAGUUUUUGUGGAUCUUGCCCACAAGCGGGCGCGGAUGGCGGGUGGAACAUCGGACGCAAAAAAUUUGGAAAAGCGAAUGAAAGAGCGAAUAUGGGAGUUGCUUCGUUUUAUACAGGACGGUGAUGUAUUGAAAAGAUAUCCUUUUUUGCCGGCCGUCAUUAACGGCGUGCAUACCGCCAGCCUGCGACUUGACGAUGAUGUACUUUUUGAGGAAUUUGCCCGUCUUCUGCAUGCGAGCAAAGACGCCAACACGAGAAGAGAGUUGGAGUCCCGUUUACGAGAAUAUGUUGUUAAAAAGGCUGAAGAUACCGCAUUGCAGCGGGCAUACAUGGACCGAAUGGAUGAAGAGUUUAACGAGGCCCACGAAGGAUAUGUAAACUUGAUGCACCCUAUUCCUUGGUUAUAUGUAUUGGAAGAUGAGAGAUUUAACGCUCUGACGGAUCAAAUGCAAAAGUGCGUCAACACCCAGGGAAAUACUGCCCGAAUUCAGGCCAUUCAAGAAAAAAUGGCUCAGCGUGUAGCAGAAAUGGAGGGGGAGAUGUUUCUUUGGCGAGGGGAACUUGCAGAGUGGCUUUCACCCUCAAAACUCUACUCCGUCCACACAAAGGACCUCACAGAAGACAUGCAACUGCGUGAUCUUCUUCGUGUACGCCAAUUUCCUGACUCCUGUGAGGGUGUUUCGGUGGACACAAUCAAUGCCCUGAUACGGGACAAGCUGGAAGCCCUCUGGAAACGUGCGACCAUCAUUCGCUCCUGCCUUGCUGUCGAUGACGAGGAGCUGCAUAGGGAGUUUCCAUUUUUAGUAGAAAUGCCGCACCAUCAACGGCUGUCUACGUUAAUGCUGUAUGAGGACCCAACAGUAGCUAACCUCGUCAUGCGCCUGCGAACAGAGGGCAAUGACAGUCAUUUGCAGACUGAAAUGAUGGGAGCUAUAAAAGCUAUAGCGGCACGCCGACGUGACUCCAAGGAACUUAAGAAGUGGUACUACGAUAUUGACUCUGUUAUGUCAGGGUCCCUUUCUCUUGAAAAUGUACCAAAAGUAAGGGACGAUUACUACGUACAUUUGUGGCAACAACGAAAUAUUGUUCAGGCACAGCAAGGGGAAAAAUCUCCGUUGAUGGUGAAAUUGAUGCAUCAGAUGCAGCACCGGAUUGUACAGAUGAAUUCAUGGAUGCGCAAGGUAAGUGCAAACGGUUUCCGGCGGCGACUGCGUCUUGAAGCAAAGUACCCAUUUGUUGAACGCCGUCAUGAAGGGUACACAUUAGAAGUGCUUGACAUUGAGGAAGAUGAGGAAUUUAUGUCUAUUGUGGAACAGCGACGGCGGCUUCUUACCUCGCCAGAUGCAUCGUCCAGCGAGCUUGAACGCCUUGGCCGUCAUGCUAACAAGAGAGUAAGGUGGAUCGCCUCGCAGCGUGUUAAACUCUCUGAGGAACUGAGUGAAAAAUAUCCGUUUAUCCCCAACCGAUUGGAGGGGGUGGAAACACUCACCAUCUGUUUGGAGGAGAACGAAACGUUUGCAGAAAAGGCAGCGUACUACAAUCGCCUUCGUGAUGCCGGCAGCAACGACAAUGAGAUGCGUUGUCGUCGUUUAUUGCGUGAGAUGGAGAGCCUUGCACUUGCCGUUGCUCGUGAAAUCGGCGUCCGGAACUGGCGUGAAUCCAUCGAGUCCGAGGAUCUGCACGAGCGGUACCCGUUUCUUCCCGAGGAGCCGGUGCGCGGCAUUCUUCUUGGUGAUGUGCGUCCGGUGCAGCAGCCGGCGUUCCGCGAGCUUUCAAACAAGUUGGAUGAGCAGCGCCGGGACCCGACACGCAACGCAGCCGCGAUCCGCACGACGGAGGAGCAGAUGACUGCGUUGGUGGUGCGACUGGCUGAGGAGCGCGCGGAGGCGACGGAGAGGGCGCAUGAGCAGUACCCGUUUCUCCCACGACGUGUGCUGGGCGUGCGCCUUGGUGACAUCCCGCUGCAGGAGGAUGAGCUUUUUGCCGCUGCCACCACCGAGAGAGUGGAGGACAAAGAGCCUCUUCUUAAGUCGAGGGCGCAGGAGUUGGUGGUGUGUCAGAACCUGAACGAAGCGCAGCUUGCGGACAACGAUGAUGCAGUACUCUCACAGCACCCAUACUUUGUGUAUACAUCGCGGAAAUGCUUUCCGCUACGUCACCUUCCUUUGGACGACGACGUGCUGUUUGCUGAAAGACUUCGUGAGUACGAAAAUCUCAUGCAGGAGCCCUCCGUGGAUGAAGACGUUGCGGCAAUUGCACGCUUCCGCCUGGUGCUACGAGCGGACAGUCUUGCUUUACAUGAAAUUGAGAAGAUUGAGCGAAUUAAACAAACGUUUGUGGCGUUGCAUCCAUUGUCCCUGGAGGAUCUUCGCCACCUACAGGACCAUCGGGCGUUCCAAACAUACACGGGCGACGGUGCCCAAAACCCCUCACCGGUUUUACUUGAGGACGCCAAGCGGAUCAUUAUGGGAAGUAGAAAGGACCGUGCCGCACGGGUGCAAGAAUUGGAUGCAGUACGAAAAUCAUAUCCAACAUUUGGCCGUAGCAUUGACCCUGAAAUGUUGAAGGAUCCUGUCAUUGCCAAACUUGUCAGUGAUCUCGAGGAGAAACUGGACAACGCUGAGGGGAACGAAAGCAGUGUUAUUGAGCUUGAAGAAGAAAUCAAUCGGCAGAUAAUAAGACAUAAGGGACAAAUCAAAGGGGAGAUUAUUGAUUUAGAGGGGAGGCACGUACCAUUCAAGGAACAAGCUGUCGACUACUACGUAUUUGAUAUGGAGGAUGACAUUGUCGAUGACAAAUAUUACCAGGGACUCAUGGAAGAAUACAGCGCUUUUGAAAACGGGCAAUUGCCAGAGGAUACAUCAACUUUAAGAAGGCUUGCAAAACAAAUUGAAAUAAGGAAAAAUCAGAUAAAAAAUGAUAAUAAGAAAUUGGCCAAAUACCACAAAAAGAUUGAACAGCGAUCAGCCACAAGGUUUUCGUUUUUAAAUUCACACGUACAUGCGAUUCCCAUCACUGAACUACACCUUGAAGAGGACACGGUGAUGCUGCAAUUAGAACAACAAAAAGCUUCACAAAGGCUCAUUGAUGCGGAAAGUCCUACAAGCAUCGAAAAAAAAAUGAUUGAGCGUGCGGAAGCGAUGGCGAAGGCGGUGCUGGAGGAGGAGGAGGCACUUGCGGCGGCAUUUCCAUUUCUGGGGCGGAGUGUCAAGGGAGUCCCUCUGCGUGAGUUGGCUCUCAUGUCUGAUCCCAAUUUUGCGGAGCUGGCGACACGGCACGCGCAGGAGGCGACCUCGGGCGAUGCGGCGGGGAUUUUGCGCCUUGAGCAGGAGCUGCGUGACCAGGCAUGUCGCAUAGCACGUGAGGUGCGAGUGGCUCGGCGGCUUGACGCCGUUCGCAAUGAGGAUCUGCACGAGCGGUACCCGUUUCUUCCCGAGGAGCCGGUGCGCGGCAUUCUUCUUGGUGAUGUGCGUCCGGUGCAGCAGCCAGCGUUCCGCGAGCUUUCAAACAAGUUGGAUGAGCAGCGCCGGGACCCGACACGCAACGCAGCCGCGAUCCGAGCGACGGAGGAGCAGAUGACUGCGUUGGUGGCGCGACUGGCUGAGGAGCGCGCGGAGGCGACGGAGAGGGCGCAUGAGCAGUACCCGUUUCUCCCACGACGUGUGCUGGGCGUGUGCCUUGGUGACAUCCCGCUGCAGGAGGAUGAAUUGUUGUCACAGCUGGCGCGGCGUCGUGUGCGGCAGCUAAGAAACUCCAAGACGGCGAUUGACGCACAGGCAACUGAAGAAGAGAUGAUGAGGCGCGCAGAGGAGCUGGCUCGCAACGUGAAGAUUGUCGACGC